AAAUGGCGGAAGGUGGUGAUGAUGAAGCCGCUUGUCAGUCGCUACCUGAGGCUGGAGGAUACGAUUAUACAUACGUUGAGGAGCCUCCAAAGGACCUAACGUGUCCAAUCUGUUUCCUGCCUUGUCGACAGCCACAGAUAAUCGAUUGCUGUGGAGCUAAAUUCUGUUUAUCCUGUAUUGACAGAGAAAAACAUGCUGGAAGGCCCUGUCCUAUAUGCAGGGUAGAAGAGUUUAAAAUGUUAAUAGACAAAGACCACUUGAGGAAGAUAUUGUCACUCAAAGUGCACUGCACUCAAAGGGAGGAGGGCUGUCAAUGGAUUGGUGAGCUACGUCAUAUUAAAGAUCGACACCUAAAGAAGGAGUGUCAAUACGUCCUUGAGGAAUGUAAAUGGGACUGUGGCCGGAAAUAUGCACGUAAAGAUAUAAGGUUUCAUGAACAGGAUGAGUGUGACCAUCGACCGCUGGAACUUGUCCUGUUGAAAAAAGUUGAAGCGCUUGAGAGACAAUGUGAGGCACAACAUAAGGACAUCACCCGUCAGAGAGAAUCACUUGAAGAAAAGGAUCGAAUCAUUAAAGAAAUGAAAGAGAAGAUGGAUGAGGACAGGGAAAAAAUGGAAACAAAGAUGGCCAACGGUAUAAAAGAAUUGGAGACAAAAAUUGCUGAUAAUGCAAAAGAAUUAGGGAAAGAAAUUGCUGCAAAUCGGGAAAAAAAUGGAGACAGUGAUAACAGAUUUAUAGAGAGUCAUAAAGAAAUGACAGAAAGAGUAGACGAAAUGGAGCAAAACAUGAAGCGUAACGAAAAUCAAAUUGCAGCUGUUAAGAAAGAUGGAAAGGAAGGUUUAGAGAAUGUACAUAAAAGAAUGGAAGAAGAGAAGGAAGAGUCCAAAAGAGAACUAGUCGAAGCUAAGCAGGAGGUAGUUAAAGAUUUAAAUGUAAGGAUAGACGAAUCAAAAAAGCAAGUCACUUUUGAGAAUGAGAAGAAGUUUAAAGCUGACCUGAAGCAGCUGGAGAAUAAUAUCAAUAAUAAGAUAAAACAAUUGGAAGAAAAGAUAACAAAAAUGGAUAAGGAAUUAAAAGAUACUUCUGCAGCUGUGAAAGUAGCUGGAGAUUUGGCUGCACGAGUUCAGACGGUACAAGACGGACUGAAGAAGAUGGACACUAGGAUUCAAAGAGAAGCCACUGAUAGAAUUAAUAAUAUUGACAAACAAUUUGGUAAGCUAAAGUACUCAAAAGUCAACUAA